ACAAAGUCCCAAAGCCUUCUUUUUAAGACCCCCCCCCCCCCUCUCCUUACAGGCUAUUUUCAAUUUCCUCCAUUCCUAUCCAGCCAAACGCUCCCUUCUCCUUCCUUCUCUCACUCACUCACCCAUGGAGUUGGGUCUGAGCUUAGGAAGCGGCGGCGGUAGCGGCCCCGCCGCCUUCAUACAACCCUUCCCGUUUCUUGAAAAAAGAAAAAAGCCCGCCCCCGCCCGAACCGCCGACCCUUUGGGCUUCUGCAUGGGCCUUGGAACCGCCUGUAGCCCCCCUCGCGAACCGCCUCCGGUUCCGCGCGAUUUCCUCCCGGUUCACCCACCUGCACGCCGCCCACUCCGCUUCCGUUGGCGCCCGGGAGCUCGUGUGCCCGAACCGGGUUUGUUACGCGGUCCGCCCGGCAUGUGGCUGGACAAGAACCAACGGCCGGCGGAGGAGGAGCACGCGGGGGCGGCACCGCCCUCUUUGAAGAUGGGCAUUUCCGACUUGAGAACCGGGGUUUUGGGGAUGAAGGAUAACUGUGACGGCGGCGGUAGUGGCGGCAACGGCGACGGGGAAAUGGAGAGAGGCGGCUGUUCGUCGCAAUUGAUGAGGGGAAGCGACGAGGAGGAGAACGGCGGUGGGUUGGGAAGGAAAAAGCUUAGGCUGACCACAGAACAGGCGGCCUUUCUCGAACAAAGUUUCAAAGAACAAAACACUCUUAAUCCAAAACAAAAGGUUGCUUUAGCAAAGCUGCUGAAUCUUCGUCCACGCCAAGUUGAAGUGUGGUUCCAAAACAGAAGAGCAAGGAUUAAGCUGAAGCAGACGGAGGUAGACUGCGAGCAUCUAAAGAGGUGCUGCGAGAGACUGAAGGAGGACAACAAAAGGCUGCAGAAGGAGCUUCACGAACUCCGGGCACUCCACGCCGCCUCCUUCUACGUGAACCUCCCCCCCACCACCCUCACCAUGUGCCCUUCCUGCGAGCGCGUCUCCUCCUCCUCCACCGCCCCCGGUGCCGGUAUCCAUCAGAGCCCACAGAAACCGUUUCAUCCUCAACCGCAUGCGGCGUCGUAAUCGUGGGUGACCGGUUAUAUAUUAGUGUCUGUUUAGUCUUCCGUUUGUGGGGUGGGGUAUGUACAUGCAAAUUAAAAAUGUCUUAAGACAUCUCUCUUUUUUGUUUGUAUUAUUAUUAAACAAAUAUCCCUAGAUAUAUAGGAGUAAAUUGUCAUAAACAUAUCAAAAAAUAAUUAAGAAUGACCUUG